AGUUUCCUACCGUGAGAUACGACUGUAGCGAGAAGAUAUCAAGCUACUGCACCAGCUCUCAAGUCGUUAUCAGUGGGAAGCUUGAUGCUGUGCUAAUGCUGUGCUGAUGCUGCAGGUCUGGCGUUCUGGAACUAGGAGUCUCUGUGACAGAAGUGCUGACUGUGCCAUAAGGAGCGUGAAUAUGACUGCCAUGGUAACUGCAGGAAUGUACAGUGACGGUCAACGUGAGCGGUAGGGAACAUGGCGAGCAUCGAUGAGCUAUUUAAGAAGCCCAACUUACCGACCGGCAGCCUGAAGCGGAAGCUGGAGAUACCGGAUGCGCAGGAAGCAUAUAAGUCUACCAAGAUCAAUGGCCAUAGUUCGCCCAAUGGACGACAUGCGAAUGGCGGCGUUCCGGUAGAAGAUGUGGCGGACGAUGGUGAAGUGGAGGCCGGUCCAGACUUGCCGCCAGAAGAUGGUGAGGAGGAAGAGCGCUUCUUUGGUGGAGGCGUCACAAAAGAUGCUGCGGAGGCUCUCGAGUACCUGGAUCAGCACGACGGCGGAGAGGACUUGGUGGAGGAGAAGAUCGAUUCUUCAUGGCUCAGAAGACUUGCGAAUACCUUCGAAAAGAAGGUGACCAAGAAUGCAGAGCUACGGGCUCGCUAUGAGACUGAGCCGCAGAAGUUCAUGGCUUCAGAGGCUGAUCUAGAUGCUGAGAUCAAGUCAUGGAGCCUGCUGAGUGAACACCCAACGCUGUAUCCGGAGUUCGCUCAGAGUGAGGCAUUGCCUCAACUGGUCGGCUUGCUAGCGCAUGAGAACACUGAUAUUGCAAUUGCGGCAAUUGAGAUCGUCUCUGAGCUACUGGACGAAGACGUGCAAGCUGAGCAGGAGGACUGGGACGCCUUGGUGGCUUCACUGCUGGAUGCUGACCUCCUGCAGCUGCUGAUGAGCAAUUUGACUCGCCUUGACGAAGACAACGAAGCCGACCGUAGCGGCGUCUACCACAGCCUUUCCGUCCUGGAGAGCUUGGCUGGUCAACAGUCUGUUGCGGAGCGAAUAGGCCAUGUAAACGUACUCCUCUGGCUUUGCAAUCGCUUGAACAGACGCGAGGAUUCCAUCACCCAGAACAAGCAGUAUGCGGCAGAAGUGCUGCAAGUGUUGCUACAGUCUUCGUCCUUGCUAAGGGUACGUCUCGCGUCGGAAGUUGAUGGUGUAGAUCUCUUUCUGCAGCUCCUCGCUGCUUACCGAAAGCGAGAUCCGCCCAAGGGCAGCACAGAAGAGGAGUAUGCGGAGAACCUCUUUGACGCCUUGACAUGCGUCGUUGACGAGCCUCUUGGCAAAACAAAAUUGCUGGAAGCGGAAGGUGUUGAGCUCAUGCUCAUUAUGCUGAAGGACGGUAAUUUCAGCAAGUUGCGCGCGUUACGGCUGGUAGAUCACGCUUGCGGAGGCAAUGGCAAAGCCUCAGUAGAAGUCUGCGAAAAGCUUGUCGACGCUGCCGGUUUGAAGACCGUCUUUCGGAUGUUCAUGAAAAAGACUGAUGGUGCCACUCUUGAGCAUAUUGUCGGCAUCUUUGCAAGCUUGCUUAGACUCCUACCCGGCGAGUCCGCGGCGCGUAUUCGUACACUUGCGAAGUUCGCUGAGAAGGGCCAUGAGAAAGUCUCCAAGCUUGUCGACCUUCGCCAGAGCUACGCGCGUAGGGUCGGUACCGUCGACAAAGAGAUCCGGGGCGAACGAGCGGCCAUGAGUGCCGGGGAAGUGGAACAAAGAAAUGACGAAUGGUUCUCGCGUCGACUCGAGGGCGGUCUUUAUGUUCUUCAAACCCUCGACAUUAUCCUCGCAUGGCUCUACGCUGAAGACCCAAGCGCCAAAAGCAUCAUCACGAAGCUCGUCGGCGUGGAGACGGUAAGCGACUCCUUGCGUGAGCAGAUGGCGGAGCUGGGUCCAGCGGCCGAAGGCGUGGAUGGAGACACACAAGAGAUGCUGAGAACCCUCGUUGACUGCCUGCAGUAGCUGGAGGUCGAGCAUAUCAUGUUUUACGCGUCCGUAAUGGUAGGUUAUUGUGAACACCAAACGUUGCUGGCGUGCAACCGGCUCCUUGCCACCUGAACUACACCCACUAUGCACAUCACUCGUUGUGCCAUUGCACGGCGCAGAUAUAUCGCCAUAUGCUUCCCUGGAACUAUUCAAGGCUUCUCAUCUGUCAACAGCCUGCAAGGUGGUUUUGCAGAACUGUCGUGGCUGCACUGCAAGGGCUUUCCGUGCGUACAAUACUAUGUUGACAGGCUUACAGGCUACUACAUCGACUGCCUCCCAAACACCAGAAAACGUCCUUCUAGCUGCUAUCUUUGGCCAGUCCUGCUGCGGUGGUGAGAACAAGAGCCAUGUAACUGCUGAAGCCGCGAGCACCGCUUGGUUUUCAUUGACCGGGCAACACCUUCCGGUAUAUGGGCA